UGCGGACCGUAGAUCAAAACAUAAACGCAAGCAGUGCACAGCAUAGAUCCAAACUGAGCUGCAAGCAGUGUAAAUCGUUGAUAGCAGACAUUGCAGAAAGCAGUGCAAAAACAAACCAUAAAACCGUGAAAAUCCGAAGAAAAUCGCCAGACGCCCAGAGGGAAAACCCCCAAAAAUCAGUGCACGCGAGGCAGCCUCCAAAACACGUGCCUCGCCGCCCGCCACACGUUCGUCUCCCGGAGUGUCCGAGCCAGAGGAAGAGCCCGAAACGAGUGUCUGAGACUCGAAGGCUGCCUGAGUAAUUGAUAAUAUUGAAUGCUGCCGGACGCACAGCCGCUGCCAGGACACUGCCAGGACCGCCUGUACAUCCAGCCUGAAAUCCAUUACGCACACAGUCAGUCCGGUGGAUGCCACGUGGGCCACACAGAGGCCAGCCGCAAGGAUCUUCCAGUCGAUUGGGUUUCAGAAUUUCACCACAAAAUUGCAUCUUCCCCCCCGCCCCCACCACCGAUAUGGCAACAGGAACACAUCAAUACGAAUGCGCCACAUUGAUUGAGACAGGCUGAGAGAGAGAGAGAAAGAGGAAAGCGACAGAGACAGCCCCAUAGACACACAGAGAAAGAGAAAGAGAGAAGAAAAAUGUGCAAAGGCAGCGAUUCAGCAGAAGCAGAUGCGGCGCUGGCAAACUUAUUAGCGAAAUGCACAAAGUCAACAAACGGACACGACUCCAUACCCACAUCCACAUCCAGGACCCUCGGCAGUAGCAGCAGCAGCACCAGCAGCAGCACUAACAAUUGUCAACAGGCUGGGAGUGCGGCAGGAGGCGUCGGCCAGGAGCCGAAAAAACAAGCAUCCAACCGUCAAAACAGGCACCAGGAACAGGAGCAGGAGCAGCAGCAGCUCCCACUCCAGCAUAAUCAGCGUCAGCAACAAGGACAUCAAAUAGAGCAAAUGGAAAUGGUACAGGGAAUGGCAGAGGGACUGCCACGAGACUCUGCCAAGGAGCACGAACACAAACAGCAGGCCCAGUGCCAGAGCCAGUGCCAGAGCCAGAGCCAGACCCAGAGCAGAGCAAGCAAAUGCAGAAGCAAACAGCGGCAGCAGCAGCCUCUCCUUCGACGAGACCAGGGACAAUGUCGUCGAAAUUGCAAUAGUGUUGCCGGAGUGCAGCGGCAAUGGAGGAAGCAUGUCCUGUGGCUUCUGCCGUUGCUGCUGCUGCUGCUGGUGACGAUGCUGCCCGGGACCGCAGCAGGAGCGAUGACACCUUCGGCCAGGAUUGCCCGCUCCCCGGCUGCCGCCGCCGCCAGCAGCCUCCUCAUUGCCAGUGCCAAAGGCAGUGCACGUGAGCUGCUCUACGCCGAUCUGGGUGCUCCCAAUGGUGGCUCCACGGGUUCCGGCUCAUCCUCGUCAGCCGGAGGUGGCGGUGGCGGUGGCGCUGGCGCAGGGGGAGGGGGAGGCGGUGGAGCUGCUGGCAUCGAGUGCCCCAGCUUCGACGACAGCUCUGCCUGCCCCUGCUACAAAUUUGAAGAUGGACUCUUCCUGGAGUGCCCCGGAACGACGGCGCUGUCGUUGCGCUCGACCCUGGAGCGGAUCUCGGCGCCGAUCCACUCGCUGUCCAUCUACGAUUUCGAUCGCUCCGUCACGUCGCUGUCGCAGGACGUCUUCCAGCCGGGCGUCCACAUCCGGCACUUGCAGUUCUCCCACUCCCACCUGGAGGCCCUCAAGGACAACAGCCUGCGCAACGUGCGCUCCAGCCUCGAGUCGCUCAGCAUUGUGAAUGGCAAAUUGACGCAGAUGCCGUCGCGGGCCCUCAGCUCGAUGCAGAAGCUGACUGCCCUGGACUUUGACUACAACGAGAUCGUGCGGAUCGAGGACUACAGCUUCUAUGGGCUGCGGAUCACGAAGCUGAACCUCAAGGGCAAUCGGCUGCAGGGCAUGCCGGAGCACGCGUUCGCCGGCCUCGAGGAGUGCCUGCAGGAGAUCGACGUGUCCGAGAACGGGCUGCGCACCUUCCCGAUGAUGGCGCUGCGGAAGCUGGACCACCUGCGCGUCCUCCGGCUGUCGAGCAACCGCAUCGCGAGCUUCUACGGCGACAUUCAGCUGGUGACGAACAACGCCUCCGCGGCCGCGGCGGCGGUGGCGGCGGCCGCCCUGCAGCUGCCGUCGCUGAUCUUCCUGGACCUCAGCUCGAACCAGUUCGGGGAGAUCGUGCACGACUGCUUCCGGGCCUUUCCGCAGCUCAAGACGCUCUCCUUCUACGCCAACCAGAUCGAGCUUGUGCAGCCGGAGGCGUUCAAGAGCCUCAAGGAGCUGAUGUCGCUGGACAUGUCGCACAACCGCAUCAUCGCCCUCGAUCCGAAGGUGUUCGAUCGGAACAAGCGCCUGCAGACGGUCGACCUCAGCCACAACCACAUCCAUGCGAUCAGUGGGGUCUUCUCGAACCUGCCGCAGCUGCGGGAGGUCUUCCUCUCGGAGAACAACAUCCUGGAGCUGCCGGCAGACGCGUUCACCAACUCGACGAACGUCGACGUGAUCUACCUGGAGGCGAACGCCAUCGCCCACAUCGAUCCGAACGUGUUCAGCACGCUCUCCAAUCUGGACCACCUGUAUCUGCGCUCGAACUUCAUUCCGCUGGUGCCCGUGACGCUGUUCGACAAGUGCGUGCGGCUCUCCUCGCUGUCGCUGGACAACAACGAGAUCCAGGACCUCGAGAUCGGGAUGUUCCGCAAGCUGGAGCAGCUGCGGGAGGUGCGGCUGCACAACAAUCGCAUCCGGCGGGUGCGCAAGGGCGUCUUCGAGCCGCUGCCGUCGCUCCAGGAGCUGCACAUCCAGAAGAACAACAUCGAGGACAUCGAGCCGGGGGCCUUCCACACGCUGACCAGCAUGCAGCACAUCAACCUGCAGGACAACCAGCUGACGGUGCUCGAGGACAUCUUCCCCGAGCAGAACUCCUCGCUGCUCUCCAUCCAGCUGGAGGCGAACUACCUGCACAAGGUGCACCAGCGCACCUUCCGCCAGCAGCAGCGCAUCCAGAUCAUGUGGCUGCGCGACAACCAGCUGACCAAGGUGGAGCGCUCCUUCUUCGUGGACACGCCGCUGCUGGGGCGGCUCUACCUGAGCGACAACCGCAUCCGGGACAUCGAGAAGGACACCUUCGCCAGCCUCGCGCAGCUGAAGUUCCUCGACCUGAGCGGCAACCAGCUGAAGCAGCUGCGCCGCGACUACUUCGCCCCGCUGCAGAGCCUGGAGGAGCUCUCGCUCGCCCACAACUGGAUCGAGGCCAUCGAGGGCUAUGCCUUCAACCGGCUGAAGCAGCUCAAGUCCCUCGACCUAUCGCACAAUCCCCUGGUGCAGCUGACGCGCGACGUCUUCCUGGACGAGCUGCCCCUGGCCACGCUCCAACUGGCCAACACCUCGCUGCGCAAGCUGGAGCAGAACACCUUCAAGUCGCUGCAGAACCUCAACGAGCUGAACCUAGAGCGCAACCAGCUGAGCCCCGCCGACAUCCAGCGGCUGGACGUGCCCGGCCUGAGGCGCCUCCACCUGUCGCACAACAACUUCAGCCACGUGGGCAUGGGAGGCACGGCAUCGGGCGGCAUCAUGGCCGGGAUGUUCGACAAGCUGCGCUCGCUGCAGCACCUGUCGAUGGCCAACUGCAGCCUCGGACACAUACCCGACCAGCUCUUCUCGCGGAACACGAACCUGGUGCGCAUCGACCUGUGCGACAACCGGCUGACGCAGAUGAACCGCAACAUCUUCAGCGGGUUGAACGUGUUCAAGGAGCUGCGCCUGUGCCGCAACCAGCUGGUGGAGUUCCCCCACAUCGCCCUCUACAACCUGAGCACCCUGGAGACGCUGGACCUGGCCCGCAACCACCUUACGUCCAUCGACUUCUUCAAGCUGCGGGGCACGCUCAAUCUGCGGCAGCUCGUCCUGCGCGACAACAGGAUCAACUCGCUGAGCGGCUUCAAUGCGGUGAACCUCACGCAGCUGGACAGCGUCGAUCUGAGCGGGAACCUGCUGCUCUCGCUGCCGGCCAACUUCCUGCGCCACUCGAUCAAUCUGCAGCGCGUGGACCUGUCCAGCAAUCGCUUCCUUCAGAUCCCCAGCUCCGCUCUGUCGGAUGUGUCGAUACCGCGCCUGUCCUGGCUCAAUCUGACCGGCAAUCCGAUCAACAAGAUCUAUACGGUUAAGGAGGAGCGGUACCCGUACCUCAAGGAGCUCUACAUCUGCCAGACGAACCUCUCCAUACUGACGUCCAAGGACUUUGAGGCCUUCCAGGGGCUGCAGCACCUGCAUUUGGUCAACAAUCGCAUCACCCGCAUCUCGCCCGGGGCCUUCAGGUCGCUCACCAAUCUGCUGACACUCGACAUCGGGAUCAACGAGCUGGAGAUGCUGCCCAAGGAGCGGCUGCAGGGCCUGCGCCUGCUCCGGCUCCUCAACAUCUCGCACAACACCCUCAAGGACCUCGAGGAGUUCAGCCCCGACCUCGCCCAGAUGCAGACGCUCGACCUGAGCUUCAACCAGCUGGACCGCGUCUCCAAGAAGACCUUCCGCAACCUGCACGGCCUCGUCGAGCUGCUCCUCAUGGGCAACCGCAUGACCGUCCUCUCGAACGACGCCUUUCGCUUCCUCCGCAAGCUGCAUCUCCUGGACCUGCGCAAGAACUACUUCGAGCUGGUGCCCCUCGAUCCGUUGCGUCCGCUGGAGACCAAUCUGAGGACCCUACGGCUGGAGGAAAAUCCACUGCAUUGCAGCUGCGAUGCCCAAAAGCUCUGGGAAUGGCUACGGGAUCAUCGCAAAUGGUCCCUGUCGACGGCCAGUGGCGGCAGCGGCGGCGGCAUCAUCGGCAUCGGCGGCGGCGGCGAUGCCAUCAAUUAUCUGAGGUGCGAACACCCCACGGAGCUGCGUGGCAAGGUGUUUGGCCGCAUGGAGCCGCAGCAGUUUUGCGAUGCGCCGCUAAUACCGAAAAUGGCCAUACAGGACAUCCAGCCAUAUUCGGUGGUCGUCUCCUGGCAGAGUCGCGACCAUUUGGGCCUCAAUGGCUUCGAAAUUGUUUACCAUGCCACCGGUGAUGGCCUCGUUCCCGGGCCAACGGACCGUGAACGCGACCGCGAACGGGAUGGCGAUGCCAAUGGCAAUGGCAAUGAUGACAGGGAGCAGGACCCUGACCGGGACAUGGACUUCGGCCGCGAGCGACAUCAGGAGCAGCAGGAGAGGGAAAGGGACAGGGACAGGGACCGUGAUGAGCAUGAACGGGACAGAGACAGAGAGAGGGACAGGGACAGGGAGCGUUUCCCCCUGGCCACGGAUGAGAUACACGGAAAGCGGCUGAACGGGACGGCCAGCUCCACGAAACUGACGCGACUGAGCCCCAACACGCGGUAUCACAUCUGCGUCAUCGGGAGCGGUAAUUGGCUCUCGGAGCCGCUGGCCAAUGCGCUGCAGAGGCUCCACUCGAACGACUCGUCGCGGGACGAGGACCUGCUGGCCAUGGGCGCCGUCUCCGUGCCCCUGCCGGAGUCGUACUCCCCGUACGGCCACGAGCAGCAGCAGUUGCAGCAGCUGCAGCAGGAGUCGCUGAUGGAGAACAGCAUUGUGACGGACCAUGUGCUGCACGAGGUGCUCAAGAACUCGCACAUCUCGGCCUGCACCGAUGUGCAGACCCUGGACUCCACGCCCAGCCUGAUCACCGACGAGAACGGGCUGUCCAGCAACGGGUUCAUCCACUCGAUCCUCACGCGCCGCCUGGGCCUGAUCGUGGGCUGCUGCCUGGGCAUCAUCGUUUUCAUCGUGAUGAUCUCCGUGCUCAGCUACGUGAAGCUCAAGAAGCAGCGCAUCGAGAACGCCAAGCGGCAGGCGGCCCUGCCGCCCGAGUACAUCUCGUACCGCCACUUCUCCAUCCCGAACGAGGAGCUCACUCGCACGGCUGCGGCCGGUGGCAGUGGCGGGGCGGCCGCCGGCUCGGGCUCCGCCUCCGUAUCGGCAGCCGUCUCGGGAGCCACGUCCAGUGGCACGCACAUGUCCAGUGUGCCGAGCGGCAUCAGCGCCCACAUCAGCGGCACCAGCCUGAGCACUGGAACCGGCACCGGAACGACGACGACCACGGCCACCACCCCCAUUGGCGGAGUGCCCCUGCCCAUGGCCAAGGCGGGCAGCCCCAUUGCGGCCCUUGCGGGAGGACUCGUUGUGGAGCCGGUGGCAGCAGCUGGCCACAGCCAUCACGGACACCAUGGACACCAGCAGCAGGCGGCGCAGCAGCAGCAGCAGCAUCGGCAGAACAACGGCGGAAUUGGGGGAUACAUGGCGGCUGGAGUGGUCCUCAACACGAACCACUUGAGCGUGUGCUAGAUGCUCAAAAGAGUCCUGAAGGGUAGCAAAUGAUUCCAGUACCGUCUGGAACGAAAGGAACUGGAACUGGUACGAAAGGAGUGCAAGAAUUUAGCUAUAUAAAUCGAAUCGGGAAUGUUUUACCGAAAAAACAUGUAAAACUAUUGUUCUUCCUUACUUCCUUUGGUGUCCACUGAGUAUUUCCCAUUCCCCUGAAUGACCUUCAGUCCAUGAACUCAAUUCUAGAAAGAAUCAAAGAAAUGCUUGGAAAAAGGAUACAGCUUGGAAUCCAGAAAUCAUACGAAUAAGAAGGCUUAGCAUAAGAUAAUGAGCGAUGUCGAUGGUGAAUCAAACGAAUCAAUGAAUCUCAAGAAAAAGAAAAUUAAAAGGGAAAUUAAAAGAGAAACAGAGAAAAUAUGUAUGCCUCCCAAAACCAAAUGAAAGCCAAAUAAAAUAGAGCUAAAACAGAGCUAAAGAAAGUGGAAAGAGAGAUUACGAGAGAGAGAGAGAGAGAAUCUAGGUUAGUGAUAAUCAUGAAGAUGCGUUCAACGUUCGGUUAGUUAUGACAAUUGAAAGUAGAGCAAUCCAAGGCGAAAGGCAAUGGAAGUGCAGUGGGAAGCAGCAAACAAGUUUUCAAUGUAAAUAAAAUGGGGAAUCAGAGCGAACUCCAAAUGGCCAUUAGAGUGCGAAAUAUAUAAUCGUAAAUACCAUUUCAGAUGGCGGAAAAUCAAACCAAAUCCCAGAACUAUCUGUAAGAAUGAAUAUACACCCUACACAGACACAUACAAUACAUACACACACACACACACACAUACAUAUAUACAUAUAUAUAUAAAUGUAAUUGGAAAACCAGACAUUUUUUUUGGAGCUAGAUUUAGUGAAUUGAAAAUGAGGAAAGUUCUCUUUUCUCUACUUUUUUUUUCUCUAGCAUCGCAUUAAGUGGAAAAGCACUAGAGAUGAGAGUAGAAGGAAAUCAAACGGAGAAGCUAGCAUAAAGAAAACUAUAUAUGAAGAAGAAUAUUAACUAAUUAACUAUAAAUUAAACUAAUUUAAGUGCAGGGUCCCCCACUGCCUGCCCCGCCCCGCCCCGCCCAACCACAACCAACAACAAUCCUUUGUGCUCGUAUGCAUAUGCGCAUAUAUUGUGGCCAGAACUCAAAGAGUUCCAGGCACACGAACAGUAGUAGUACUACGAGUAUUUAUACUUCUUGUUCAGUUACUUCAGUUUGCGGAUUGCUUUCCAGUUAACUAACAAAUUAAGCUUUAGUCGAGAACGUAGCGGAGUGGAGAGGAGUGGAGAGGAGCGGAGCGGUGGGGGCGGAGGGGGCACUUGGCCAAGUGAAGUGAAAUGAACAGCUUGAUGCAAUAACAAGACAAGAGGCCAAGGUAAAUGCUCAAGAAUUUCUAGUAAAUUAAGUGAAAUUAAAUCAAAACCCAAGAAAAUGCCAGAAAUGUUGCUCCCCUCCCACAAACACAGUACCGAAGGUACACAGACAGGAGGACGGGAGGACAGGAGGAGGCUUCAGUGGCAGUUGCAGUUGCAGUUGCAGAAAUAUGCUUUUGUGUAUGCUGCAUACAACUGUACUCCCUGCCCCUCUGGCCCUCUGGCCCUCUGCCACUGUGUGCUCGGGUUGGGGUGUUCUUGCCCUUUUCAAAUAUUUUAAUAUUGUUAUAUGCAAAACACAAGAGCAACAACAUCGGAGGCAGCUACAAUAGCAACUAUAGGUACUACGUAUGCAUGCAUGAACAACUUAAGAGCAAACACUAACAACAACAGCAAAUACUCAUCAAAUGCAAAUCAGAAUCAAAAAAUCGAACUUAAGAAAACAGCAAGCAGCAAACAGCAAACAGCAGAAACCGAAAAGAGAGAAAAACCAAAACGUAAAUCAUACUAUUACAAGAAGACUUUCUUAUGCUCUACAAAACGAAACCAAAACAAAAAAAAAAACAAGGCCAGCAGCAGGAGCAGAAGCAGCAGCAGCACUCUCUUCUCUAGUUCAAUUGUAGGGCAUUCAAGGCAGAGGCAGAUACACGGCACAGUCACAGGCACAGGCGGAGGUAAAUUAAAAGGAAGAGUAAAAGUAAAAGUAACAUUUAAACAAACAUACAACAAAUACAAUAAAUGUAAUUAAUUGAAAACCAAAUGAAUAUUGUACGGCAGCAAACACACAAAGUAAAAUAUUAAUAAAUGACAAGAAAACUUCAA